AAUUUGUACGAAAUGCUAAUAGCCGAUAUUAUAAGCGGAAAAGAGGGAAAUUCCGUCUAUAUCAUCGCGGAAAUCGGUCAGAACCACCAGGGCUGCCUGGACACGGCCAAGAAGAUGAUUUCCGAGGCCAAGAGCGCCGGCUGCCACUGCGUAAAGUUUCAGAAAUCCGAUUUGGCAGCUAAGUUUACGCGAUCCGCUCUAGAUCGGGAGUAUGUCAGCGGUCACGCCUGGGGAAGAACUUACGGGGAGCACAAGGAGUUCCUGGAGUUCUCCAGGGAUCAGUACCGCGAACUGCAGGCCUACAGUAGGCAAAUAAAUGUGGAUUUCACAGCCUCCGCCAUGGAUGAGUGCUCGCUGGACUUUCUGGCAGAGCUAAAUUUGCCUUUUAUUAAGAUUGGCUCCGGAGACGCCAACAACUUUCCGCUCCUUAAGAAGGCGGCCGGUUUGGGCGUCCCCCUGGUGAUCUCCACCGGAAUGCAGACCAUGGAAACUGUGGAGAGGAUUGCGCAAACCAUGGCCGAGUCUGGGAAGCAGGACUACGCUCUAAUGCACUGCGUUUCAUCAUACCCGACGGCCCCCGAAGAUUGCAACUUGCAGUUGAUAACCAAGUUUAAGAGCCUCUUUCCCAAUGUGGUAAUUGGUUAUUCGGGUCAUGAGCUUGGAAUAAGGAUUACCCAGGCCGCUGUUUUACUCGGAGCGCGCAUAGUGGAGCGCCAUUUCACACUGGACAAGGCUCAGAAGGGCUCCGACCAUCGAUGCUCCCUGGAACCCCGAGAGUUAAGAGCCCUUACCACGGCAAUUGCCGAUUUUGAACUCUCAGCAACUUUGUCUCCUAACGAGAUAUUACAAAAACUAAAUGGUGGUCAGGAACUGGAGGAUGCACUUCACGAGGUUGAGCUUAAAACCAUUUUGCCCUGCGAGUUGCCCUGCCGGAAUAAACUGGGCAAAUCUAUUGUGGCAGCUAGAAGUCUGGAGAAAGGUCACAAACUGCAGUUGACCGACAUGGCCAUUAAAGUCAGUGAACCCAGCGGCCUGACUGCGGAGGCCUACUUGGACGUGGUGGGCAAGGAGUUAGCAGGCGAUGUUGGUGAAGAUGAACCCAUACGUGGGAGUAGUAUAAUUACUUAGGGGUCAAGAUUGUUCAAAAAAUACGAAAUGUGGAAUAUUAAAUACAGUUGUAAAUGAA